AUGGCGAAAUCUGAGGUGAAAUGUAGGGCAGUGACAGCUUUUGCCGGCCUGGUUUUGGGUCAAGUGAACAAGGUUUCUGGUUCAACGGUCGGCGUUUACGUCGUCUAUGAAGUUUCGCCUAAUCGUUCGUUCGUUCGUUCGUUUUGUUACGCUACAAAGCCAAAGUCUCAAAAACUGCCGACGUCGUUGGUCGUUUGUAAGACGACGAUGACCGCCGUCCAUUGGUCAUCACCUGACGCACUCGACUGGUGCAUGACUCUGCAGCCGUUGAUGGACAGCGAAGAUGAGUGA